UCAGGGGAGGGGCUUUCAAUUUCAACAAAGAGAAAAAAAAAAUGAGCAUAUUCCAAGUCUUGUUUCUUGUCCUCUUCUUCUUGUUCCUCUCUCCCAAUCCCAUUAUUAUCAUUAUUAAAAUUAAAGCUGCAGGAGCUGCAGGACCUGCAGGAACAGGACCUUGCCCAGCUUCCAAGUGUGGCAAAAACGAGAACAGCCCGUCUAUUCGUUUUCCCUUCGAAUUACAGUCUCAAUCUGGGGGUAAUAAUGAUAGUAAUGAGUGUGGAUAUCCAGGUUUCGACCUCAGCUGCAAUAGCCAGAGUCAAACAGUUCUAAAACUUCCUCAUUCUGGUGAAUUCUUAGUGCGCAACAUCGACUAUACGAACCAACGGAUAGAGUUGUAUGACCCUGGUCGUUGCCUUGCACGAAGGCUCCUACGCUUCAACCUUUCUGGCUCACCUUUCGUUGCUGCUUUCACUCAGGAAAUCGUUUUCCUCCGCUGCCCAUCUCAGUUCACAAAGUUUGGUCUCACUGUCAUCGAUUGCCUUAGCAAUUCCACGCAUUCUAUCUUAGCUACAUCCUCAUUGAUUCUUGCUAAUUCCACCAUUCCUACAUGCAAAGUCGUUACCAUAUCGCCGGUUCCGGUAGCCUGGCCAUCCCAGUAUUACGAGGGAUUCAUAGACCAUGACCUUAAUCAGGAUCUUCUUUUAACGUGGUACGUACCUGGUUGUGGAGAUUGUGAAACACAAGGCGGUGUGUGUGGAUUCAGGACAAACAAUAAUACUACUCAACAAAUUGGUUGUUUCUUUACACCUCAACCAGGCCAAUUAUCUACUGGUCUCCGAAUUUUUAGGAUUGUCUGCUUCUCCAUUGCCUUACCAACCAUCACAUGUGUUAUUGCGAUUGCAUGUUUCACAUGUUGCAUGGAAAGUGCAAGAGGCAGGAGGUCCAACCCCGCGGCUAUAGUGACACCACAACGUCCUGAUGUCAUGAUGGGUCUUGAUGAAUCCACCAUUCAAUCCUAUGAAAAGCUAGUCAUUGAAGAAAGCCAAAAACUUCCUGGACCCAAUGACAACACUUGCCCAAUAUGCUUAUCAGAAUAUUGCCCCAAAGACACACUGAGAUGUAUACCGGAGUGCAAGCAUUGCUUCCAUGUUGAAUGCAUUGAUGAAUGGCUCCGAAUGAAUAAAACUUGUCCAGUUUGCCGAAAUUAUCCAUCUACUGCUCAUCAGGCUACUUCAGACAUUGUUUGAUAAUUGUAAUUAGCAUUUUUGGAGGUAUACUUCCGUUUGAUUGUACAUGGAGGUUGUAACUUUGUGUCUUUACUUUACUCUGUAUAUCCAUAGUUACAGUAUGUUGUUUCUGAGAACAAUAA